AUGAAAGCUUUGGCUGUUCCAACAGACAGGGAGAAAGGCUGGUACCUUUCCCUAAUGGCACCGAACACCAAAGGACCAAAGUUUGCCUGUUUGGACCCAUCAAGACUUUACUGUAAUUCCCAGGAACUAGUGAUAUACCUUUAGUUUCCUGGUCCUUUAGUUUACAUCCUGUUUCUUUUUAUCCUGAUCAGUCUUUGCUGAUUUCAAGCAUACCCAUACCAUGAUGCAGCCAUCACCAUGCUUGAAAAUAAGGAGGCAGUUACUCAGUGAUGUGUUGUGUUUGCCACAAACAUAGGCUUUGCAUUUAGGCCAAAAAGUUUAUUCUUUGCUGUGUGUUUUUUGCAGUAUUACUUUAGCUCAGUUCAGAAUGACGUCUGUAUCUUUGAUGUGUCUGGGUGGUUUAAUACAUCAUCCAGAGCAUAAUUAUUAACUUGACCAUUCUUAAAGAGCUUUUCAAUGUCUGAGUUGUUAUUGUUACCCAUCUACCAAUCACUGCCCUUCUUUAUGAGGCUUUAGAAAAGUUCAUUGGUCUUUGUAAUUUAAUCUGUGCUUGAAAUUCAAUACUUGACUGAGGGACCUUACAGAUCAUUCAAAAAUCAUGUAAACUCCUAUUAUUUCACAAAGAGUGAAUCCAUGUAACUUAUGUGAUUUAUUAAGCCAAAUGUUGAUCCUGAACUAAUUUAGGCUUGCCUAAAAAAGGGGGUAAACACUUAUGCAACGACUAUAUUGGGUACACCCAUAUAGUACAGGGUCGGACCCCCCUUUGGCUCCAAAACAGCCUGAAUUCAUGGAUUCUACAAGGUGUCAGAAACGUUUGUUGCUCAAUUGGUAUGAAGGGACCUAACGUGUGCCAGGAUAACAUUCCCCACACCAGUACACCACCACCACCAGCCUGUACCAGGCAGGAUGGGUCCAUGGAUUUAUGCCAAACAGGAACCGGGAUUCGUCGGACCAGGCAAUGUUUUUCCACUACUCAAAUUGUCCAGUGUUGGUGAUCGCGUGCCCACUGGAGUCGCUUCUUCUUGUUUUUAGCUGAUAGGAGUGGAACCCGGUGUGGUCGUCUUCUUCAAUAGCCCAUCUGUGAUUAGGAUCGACAAGUUGUGUUUGGAGAUGCCGUUGUCGGUUUGUGGCCCACCUGUUAGCUUACACGAUUCUUGGCAUUCUUAUUCGACCUCUCUCAUCAACUAGCUGGUUUUUUGUUUGUCUCACCAUUCUCUGUAAACCCUAGACACGGUCGAGCGUGAAAAGCCCAGGAGGGCAGCCGUUUCUGAGAUACUGGCUCCGGCGUGCCUGGCACCGACGAUCAUACCACGCUCAAAGUCGCUUAGGUCACUCGUUUUGAGGGGGGGGGGGGUGAAUACUUAUAAGUAUGUGUGUAAAAUCGGUAUUUUGACCAGUGCAUAUGCCGUAAAGAUACUGUAAGGAAACCCACAGCAGUCCGGGUGGUCAAUCUGGUUCAUUUUGUAUCUAAUCCAGGCCCUGUCAGAUUGUUUGAAGGACCUUCUCUGUCCAUUCCAGAAUGAGGCCAUUGACCUGGUCGCGGGUAUAGAUGCAAUGGGAUUCAUCCUCGGUAAACAACCAGUCAAUGUUUCAGGAAAACAUACAAUCUCAACCAAUCUGCUCAUGUGUUGUUACUGAAGUGUGGCUCCAUGCGACUUACUGCAUACUAAUUAUAUUUCACAUCCAGCAAGCUCCACUGAAAGGGCAGGAAACCUAACCCCUCUGUGAAUGAUACUUAAUUUAGGGGUAGCACACAUAUAGGUCCUGCUUGGGGAAUUGCCACAACAAGGACACACUUUAAGAGUAAAAUAUCACACCAUUCAACACAAAACAAAAGCCUUGCAAAAUUAAUCAUACUAUGUGUAAAAGGGAUCUGUAUGGCUUGAUCUGCUGUCACUUCAAUCAGGUUUAUAAGUCUUCUGAGAGAAAAUAUUGAUUGGUGAAAUAAACUCUCACAAUCUCAUCAAUAAAACAAAAGUCUAUCUGUGCUGUUUCUAAGAUGUCAUUUAUAUCUUGGUGGUUUUCAGGAUCGGCUAAGGCUACCACCCUUUCUGGCACCUGUGCAUACAAUCCCAGAGCACAGUGACUACUCAGGCAGAGAGAAGAUGAUGGAGGUUCGCCUGGAUGUGUUAAGGCCAGGUGAGUCACCAUCACAGUCUGACAGGAUUGCUUUCCUUGGUGAAUAAGUCACCAUUCAGUCUAUGGCCAAUGAACGGACACCACUCAUCUAAGGUUUCAAGAGUCCUGCCUUGUUUGUAGAAUCCUGAGGUGAAGGUAUAAGGAGACAGACUCAUUAACAUGAAUGUAGCAAUAGACAACAUACAGUGUGAUAGACAAGCUCAAUGAACCCACAAGCUAAGAGGCAGUAUGGCCUGUUUUGGCUCUGACUGUUUGUAUUUGUUUCAAUGAAUGCAACCAUGUCCUCAUUUCCUCUGACAUAACCACUCCAAUUUCCUGUGAUAUAAUAAGCUAGUGUUGGUGCAGGAACCAAGGGCCCUAGUCUGUAUAGCAAAGAGUGUUUGUAUAGCCACUGAACACAUUUACAUUUACAUUUAAGUCAUUUAGCAGACGCUCUUAUCCAGAGCGACUUACAGUAGUGAAUACAUAUUUUUUUACUGGGCCCCCCGUGGAAUCGAAACCACACAACCUGGCAUUGCAAACGCCAUGCUCUAUCACUCUGUCCUGCCGGCCAUUCCCUCCCCUACCCUGGACGACGCUGGGCCAAUUGUGCGCCGGCCAUGAGUCUCCCGGUCGCGGCCGGCUGCGACAGAGCCUGGAUUCGAACCAGGAUCUCUAGUGGCACAGUUAGCACUGCGAUGCAGUGCCUUAGACCACUGCGCCACUCAGGAGAACUACUUUGUAUUAAGGAAACAUUUCCCCUUCAAGGAGAUUCUCUGAAUGUGUUUGGUCCUGUGAGUUAAGAAGUUGAAUAGAAAUACAGUGUAUGUCCCAAAUGGCACCCUAUUCCAUUAUUUUGACCAGUGCCCAAAGGGUGCCAUUUGGGACGGAGCCACAACCACUAGUUGCUCUGUCUCUGUGCUGCAGGGGCUCCAGGUGCUGAUAGCGGACCAGUGGAGAGAGACCGGAGGAACCAUGAAGGCUGCUAUCAAACUGGUGGAGAGGCAGGGAGCUACUGUUGUAGGUCUGUGUGUAAUCACAGUGUCAGACAAUGUGUCUCAUUGUAGGUAGGCUAGACUUAAUUUAAUUUGUUGUAUCACUGAAAAGUGCUCAAAAUCUAUACUUUAAUCACAACUGUAUACUGUAAAGUUUUCUUCUAUCUUAAUUAUUAUCAAGUAAAAGUAAUUCAUAUUUGCAGGUAUUGCUGCUGUGGCCAUUGAGAACAGCGAGGGAGGGAAGUGUAUCAAGGAGAAGACAAGCUCUCACUGCAUCCCGGAGGAACUACAGAUUCAAAUUGACAAACAAUAUCCUGACUCCUUCCAAGAGCUUCGCCAGUUAAGUGCUCAAACUCAA